GAUGUUAAUUCGAAGCGUACCAAAGUUGAGGAAGCAACGGACCGACUUUUUUCGGAACAACAUGGAAAUUUGUCCCCUAGGCGUCUUUCCCCGAAUUCCAUCGUUUUGAAUUAGAUCGACUUUCGGUCCGAAGAAUCGAGCUGUUCUCGAGACUCGUGUUAGAGAUCGCCUAUUAGAACAAAGAUAUGGAUGUGCAAUUUCUUUUUAUUUCUUUUUACGUGUUAUCCAAAAGGAGAUCCGUUCUUAGGAGAGACCAUUUAAAAACAAUACCGUCCCAAACAGAAAACGGGAAAUAUAGGGAAUUUAUAGCGGGCAAACGUCGAUCGCAAUUAAAUUACCGUUUUACUUACGAGGAGACGAACUCCGCCUAUGCAAGUUGCAACGUAGAAGUUGAGAGAUAGAAAAAAAAAAUAAGAAAGAGAACAAGAGGGAUACAUGGGGCUAGAGAGGUAUGACACGUGACCGAACGCGUGUUACAGCUGCACGUUUGUGUAGUAGCGGUUUCGCCGUAACAGCCGUGGCCGCACCGGAGCGCAGCUUCAGUCCACGUUGAACCGUCGUUGGCGUACGUUGGCCACGCCUGAUCGUAUAUCCCACUCUCGGAGUCCUCCCGUCCGAUACCGAUAACAAUUAUCCGGUGCAUUCGUAAAACGAAGAAGGACAUAUAUCGAUCGUCUUAUCGAUCGUCUCUUUUCAACGCUCUUGCGAUGAUCUUUUGAGAUCCACGAAAAUAAGGGCGAUAUCUAACGAAGAAAUUAGCGGGAUGAUGUUCCCAACGAGGAUAUCGAUGAUCGCCUUGCUUGCUCUCUUCGCAUUGAUCUUAUCCAUCGAUGUGACCAAUGGAAGACCUCGCAUAAGGCAUCACAAAGGGGGUACCCAUUGUAGCAGAUGUGGUCCAGGUUGGGGCGUAACGAGUCGAUGCGUUCGUGGCCGCGACACAGAGUGCGCAAAAUGUCUACCUGGCACUUAUAGUCCGCAUCACAGCACACAGCCGUGUUGGAUUUGUUCGAGAUGUGGUCCAGGACUUUAUGAAGCUCAUUCCUGUACAUCAAAAACCGAUACGGUCUGCGAUUCCUGCCAUCGAGCUGCUCCCGAUAAUCCGGAUUAUCUUAGGAAAUGCAAAACUCGUGGAAAUUUCUUUUUAGCGCCCGAAGAUGCCGAGGACACUGCCGAAGAAAGUGUCUUGAUAAAUCAAUCCGAUCGGGUAUUUCAUUUCGAGGAUAGACAACAAGAGAUUCUCGAGAAGGACGUUGAAACUGCUGAUUUCCUCGAUGAGCCCAGCGACGAAAAUGAUUUCGAUUAUGAGUCGUCGAAAACUAUGCAAAGGCUUUGAAUCGUUUAACGAAAAGAUAAAAGUAGGAAAACAAAACGAUCGACGAAACGAUCGACGAUUCGUUCUCCUAUACUAGUCAAUUGGGGUUGGCAUGCGUGCCUGCGUGCGUUGGAGUUGCGCGCGUGCGUCGUCUAUAUGUGACGCGCGCGAUUAUACCGAACGCUCUUCCGAGCCGGUAUUUUACUAACGAGAUUAACUCAAAAAAACGCAUCAAUUUUUUUGCACAAGGGCCAUUGACGGGGCACGCUUUGUAUACAGCUCUUUUAUUUUAUUCAUUCUAUUUAAGUACGUACAACACUUGCGGUCGAUCGUAUAAGAAAAUUAUACUACCACAUUGGAAUGCGUAUGCACCAUACUUUCAUCUUGUCUCGCGUCAUUUAUUUAUUUUUUUGUCUUGUCUUAUUUCUUUAAUUAGCAUCGGUAUCUUAACCUCGCGUAGAAAGAACUUCUGCGUGUAUGCACAUAACUAUAUAUAUAGACACGCGUCACACCGAACGUCCAUCUUGUAUAUAGUUACAUAUAUUUCUAACUUUAAUGUUACAAUGAUAGGCGCGUGUGCCUAUAUUUUCAUACGCGAGGUUUCUUUCCAUUAUCUUUCCAUCCAAAGCUUUCGAUUUUAAGAGAACGAAAAGAGCGGGAAACGAGCCCGCUUUUUUCGUGUUUGGAUUUUUAAUUUGCGUCGCACAGCAAUUAAACGUCCCAUAAAUUAAACGUCCCUCUAUAAAUUAUCCAAAGAGCAUCGCUUUGUGUCGCUUACGAUAAAAUGUAAAUUAAAGGCGCGUUGUCGUGGUCGCACCAUUUUUUAUUUUCUUUUUCCUUUUCGAACAAAUUAAAGACGAUUAUUCCAAUGAGCGCUAAAGUAUUCUUCGAUAUCGUAAUUACGAAGUGAUUACGAUAUCGUCGAUUGGGUCUAUGUAUAUAUACAUACUACUACAUAUAUAUAUAUAUAUAUAUAUAUAUAUAUAUAUCAUUAACACACGAGUGUCAUAGAAGAAGGAAAGAUAGACACGAUCGAAGCGAGACGCUUCUUAUUGCUUGUUCAUGGGCAUAGCAAUUUCUCUUAUCGCAAAUAUUAAGUAUCAUUGGUAUGAGAAAAAAGAGCAGAUGCAGUAGAUCGUAGUUUCUAUUCCUAUUUCAUCGUACAUUUGUUUUUCUUUUUUUCAUCUUUCAAUCGUACAUACGUAUACGACAUAUUAUUGCAAAAGUUAACGUGCGCAGCGUCGCUCAAACAUAUUCUCGAGCGUUUCUUUCUUAUUCGUUUGUUCGGUGAUAAGAAUGGGAAGUAGCAUACUUUCUUCCAAGAGAUCGCACGAACGUCCUCAUUGACAGAAAACGCACGGUGUUACGGUUGCUAAGGUACUUCACAUCGAAUAUGCCUAUUAUCUUCUAAUACGUAUUAUCAUCGUCUUUUUAUUUUCUUCGCUUAAAACAUAUUUAAAUUUUAAUCAUUUAUACCUACAUAACUUAUAUAUUAUAAAUAGAGACCUUUUUCGAUCCGCGAUAUAUAUAUAUGUGUGUAUAUAUAUGUAUAUAUAUAUACAUAAUUGUUAAGUAAACGUUUUUCGUGACGCACUAGGUACAAUACAGGAGACGACGUACGUACUAUAUAAAAAGAUAAAAGGAAGAAGAAAAAGAAAAAAUAAAUGGACGUUAUCACCGGCUUUUCAAGCGCGCUCGAAUUCCGACAUAUGCGAAGCAGGCGAAUCUAAUCGGAUAAAGCCAAGUAGAAAAAUUCGUUGUUCCUAUUUACAAAGACUCUGCACUUAAAAGAAAAUAAAAAUAAAAAAAAAGAGAACAAAUAAUUCAAUCGCAUAAUUCACAAAACGAAUCGUACGUACAUACACGUACGAUUAUUUAAUAAUAAAUACAUUUUCUUUUGGCUUGCACGGAAGCGUUCGUAAACAUUCAUUAAAAUUGUAUAGCCAAAAGUCAUUGGUGCUUUUCAAGAGCAUAAUGGGUAUUUUAAUACCCGUAGCUUUUACUUUAUACACGACAAGUCUGUAAAUGUAAAUGUAAACGUACGAUAUGCUAAUAAUAGUAAUAGUAAUAAUAAUAACAAUAAUAAUAAUAAUAAUGAGACGGAUAAUAUCGCAUCGUCGUCUUGCACUCGUCUCUUUGUUAAUUCAUUCUUCGAACGCGAGUUACCAUUCUCAUCAAGAUUUUUAAUAUCGAGUCCUCAUAAAUAUAGUAUAUAUGUAUAUAUAGGAUUUUUAAUGAAAUAUAUUUUCGUUAAUAUUUUUCUUUUUUUCUUGUUAGCCUUUAUAGUUUGGCGUACACCACAUUGGUCUGUCUUCGUAUAAUAGCGUUUUUUCGUACGCUACAUUGUGGACCCAUUUACGCUUUCGGAGUAUUUGGCACGGCACAUUGAUAAUGCUCUCUCGAUAGAUGGAUGGAUGAAUAGAUGGAUGGUUCGAUCGAUUAAUUGUAAUCGACCGAUCCGACGAGAGUGUCUAUCUCUAUAUUUUUCCCUUUCUUCGUUUCACUCGUGUCUUUGCAUAUUCUCUAACUCAUUACGUAUAGCAUACAAGCUGGAGCAAACUAGAAGAAUUAUGUAAAAAGAAGAAAAGUGUCGAGAAAAGAUCAAAAUAAACGUUUCUUCAUUUU